AUGGCACCUCAUCGAAAUUCUCGCCACAAAUUAGGGCUCUCAAACAUCUUAGCGAGAGAUUUUAGUCAAAAAGUGAAAGGGGCCCCCAGUACUGGCUCAAGAUUGGCCUAUGCUAUUGCACCUGCGGGUCCGGACGCUCUAGCUGGUCUUAGAACAAAAAUAUAUAAGCAUCUGCUUUCAAAUUUACUAGACUGGAGAUCGUUGAAGUUUUCGGCCUAUAGCAAGCCGAUGGGCUACGCGAGGCUGCCAGCCCUGGUGUACGCAUAUCUCAAACCUACUUCUAGCUCCGUUACGGGACCUACACUCGCUGUCGAAAUUACAAGAACCCGUGUCGUGGGCGAUCUUAAUAGCGAAAUCGUUAUUAGAGAGCAAGCUAUCAAUAAACUCGCCCGCCGAGUUUAA